AUGGCGAUCAAUUUAAAGAAGAACGGUGACUCUCUACGAAAAACAUGGCAACAGGUCUUCGAUGAUAGCUCGGACGUCAACUGGUGGGUUUUUCAUCCAAAUUUUCAUCCGAAUCAAACAAUUUGGUGACAUUCUUUCUCGUUUCAGGGCCGUGUUUGGGUAUGAUGGCAAGACAAACGAUCUGAAAGUGGUAGAAACAGGAGGUAUGUAUUACGGAAGUUUCGUUGCAUUUGACAUGAUAUAUCUUAACUUGAAGUGCUAUUGCUCUUUUAUUACACUGAAUGUAAUCGGCUAGCUUAUGGUCUAGGUAAAGUGCGAUUGAGAUCCAAGUCUUAGUUUUAUUAUUAUAGUAGUGUCGGCGCUGCACGGAUUUGAUAUGGCACUAUGUUUGCGAACAACUGUACGUGAGCGCAUACGGAAAGGGUGUGUUUUCCAUCCUCUUAUUUAAGCAUAGAUUAUUAAUGAAAAUUCGAAUGUCAGGCCUUUUCUUCUUCUAUUUAGCGACGUAGCAUCGCUGUGAGCUUAACUUUAUCGUAUGCCGUAUUCAUCCAUGGAUCAGCUGAGCGAGGCAAUAAAUUUUUGCUCCAGCUUCAGCUCAUCAGAGGUGGAGCUUUCAACCAACAAAUUAUUCUUAAGUUCAUUUUUUUACAUCAAGGAUCACAAUGGACUUCCAGUUAAAAAUAAUAAUAAGUUAAAGGCUAUUUUCUUGUUGUACCUAUGUCUUUCUCUUCCUCUUGCUCUUUUGCUCCCCUCCAGCCCCACCCCCUUUAAAAUCUUUUCCUGUCUCCCAACCCCACCUCACCCCCUUUGGAAUCUUUUCCUCUCCCUCAACCCCACCCUGCCCCUUUGAAAUUAUUGACUGCUUUUCAUUUAAAACAGGACUCCUUGUUGAACCUAGGAAAGCAGGGUCAUGCCAGAGACAGAAUUUCCUCUGAGCUCACAUGCCUUUUUGAAAAGUAUCCAUUGUUGUUACUGAAAAACUAGUAACAACAAUUUCCUCUCAACAUGUAUAGAUGUGUAUAUCAUACUCUGGUCCCCGCAAAUUCUCCAACAUGAUAUUGGGAACAACAAGUGUCAAGUGUGAGCCUUGAGGACAUAACUUGUAUAGGUUCCUUUCUUCCAUGUAGAAGAACAUCUGGGCAAGGGGUAGUGCGUAUAUAACAAAUAUCAUGCCUCAUGAUCUAGUGAUUUACGUCACUCUAGAAAGUAGAACUCACCAUCGAUACUUAAAUGCUCUUAUCUUAAAUUAAUGCUUAAAAUUCUGAUUGCUUUCUUGCAAGCUGCAAAACUUGGAAAUGCAGGGGGAAGAUCUUGUGCGUAACUUAUUGUAUAUAAUUGUAAUAGGAUGGAGUGGAGUCCAAUUCAGUCUAUAGUCAUACUAGUGAUUGACAAAAUUGGACAACCAUAAAGCUAUUACCAAUUAUAUAUCAAAACUAUGACAAAAUUGGAUAAAGAAAUUGGACUUUGUGAUAAGUUUUCAUUAAAAAAAACAACUACAACUGUAAACUUAGGAAAAUGCAAGACAACAGUGCACACACAUGAUGUGUCUGUCCACUUAUACAGGCAUGACAUGUUAACUGUCCUAUUACACUGUCCAAUUACAAGCAUGACGUCUACACUGUUCCUAUUCAUGCUCAAAUUGGGCUGGUGAUAACCAAUUACAUUCAAGAAUUGUCAUAGUUUUGGUUAAAAAGUAGUGUACAAAGCACUUUGAUUGUACUGUGGCUGAUCAAACACAUGACACAAACAUUUUGCAUUAUUUUAAAUAGAUGGUGAUCUGGAUGAAUUGGUGGAUGAACUUAAUGAAGGAAAAAUGCUGUAUGCUGCUAUUAAAGUCAUGGAUCCAAAUACAAACCUCCCAAAAAUUGUCUUCAUAAACUGGGUACAUUAUAAUUUACUUACUAAUUGUACUGGGUACAUACAUAAUUUGUAGACCAUAUAUUCAAAAUAAAAAGCAGAGUCCAAUGAACAUCUACAGUUGUCACCCAGUGUUCCCUAGCAGGAAUGAAGAUGGGCUCCAAUCUAUCUGAUAUAAUUAAAUUUCAUUUUUAUGAUAGACUGUUACCCUUGAUAUUUUUCUGUACAGCAUCACUCUUUAGAGUAGAAUACCUUCUGUGCACAGAAUUAUUUAGCAACUGUUUUAACCUAGAAAGUGAUUUCAAGUUUUCAUGGACAAAAAUGACAAGUGAGUUUUAGUAUUUUAGUUAGUUGAGUAUGUUCAAGUUACUUUUCUUUGGUAGACAAUCACUAAAUUUGUGAAAAUAAACCAAGAAAAACUGAUAAUGUUUGAGAAUGAAGAAAGUUACUUGGAUCACAAAUGAUGAAUUCAAAAUUUUUAAAUGAAAAUAAUUUUUAAUUUUCUAGCAAGGUGAAGGAGUUCCUUCUUCAAGGAAAGGUGUCUGUGCUAAUCAUGUCAGAGAUGUGGAAAAGUUCUUUAAGGUUAGCAUGUACCGUCAUGUUAAAAUGUCUGCAAAUUGAAUUAGAUUUGCAUUUUCAGGAUCCAAAAUUAGCAUUUCUACUGGGCAUUAAAUUUCUGGUCACCAAAAGUCAAUUUACAAUUAUUGCAUAUACUACCAGCUGGUUGCAAUUUGGAACCCUGACCAUAGAGAUGUCGUUGGUGUAUCAUAAUUAUGUAUAUGGGAAACACAUUGGCCUUUUUCACCCUGACUUCAUUGUGAACAUUCUCCAAACUGUUCUCCAUACAUUUUCCAAGGAGCUGACAAGGAGAAUUUGUUAAACAAUCAGGAGCUUCUUUGGCUGGUGAUCAUUUCCUUUAUUCUCUUCACCAUAAUGUUUGAUACAGUGGUAAUAUUGUAAAGAGAAAUGAGAUGUUGGUCAUUCUUAGGAAUCAAAGGGUUAAAAAGAAACUCACACAUACAGUACUUCAUAUUCUUGGUUUGUAUUUUAUGAUAAGUUAGAUACAGUUUUUUUUCUCCUUUGAUUUGCACACCAAGAAGACUUGCUUUAGAAGAUAUUCAUUACAUCUCUACUGUGCUCUUGAUGGUUGUAGGAAACAUAUGUCAUGUUUUUGUAAUUAAAUGUAUUUUCAUCAUUAAAUCUUAUUUGGUUUACUGUUAGGGGGCUCAUGUAACCAUCACCGCAAGAUCCCCAGAUGAUGUAGAAGAAAGUAUUGUACUUGACAAAGUUAAGAAAGCUUCAGGUACAUCAUCACACUGUUAUCAAUACUUUUAUAUUAAUGGUGUGUGUUCAGGACUUUUGUACAUACAGCACAUUUACCUGUGAGUAAGUCAGAAAACUGCAGUUAACCUCCAGGAAGAUAUUUUAUGGAAUACUAAAGUUGCAAAGUCUCAACUUUCCCUACCCCCCUCUCCUUCCUCUCUCACCCCAACCCCCUACCCCUAAAAACUUUCUUCUAGAACUUAUUAAAAGAGAAGAAAAGCCAUUUGAGCAGAAAAUCUCAAAUAAGGAAGGAAACAUUUUUUGCUUAACCCAUUAACUCCUAAGAUCUCAUUAGUAAUUCUCCUUACUGUCUGCCAAACAAUUCUCAUUAUGUUAGUUGGAGAAUUUGGUAUCAGAUCAAUUAGCAAUCUCAUAAUUGAUAUUUUUCUUUAUUCUCAUCACUUGUCUCUUAGAUAUUGUAUGGAUAUUGUAAGGAGAAAUUUUUUUCUUGGUCACUCAUGGGAGUUAAAGGGUUAACCCUUUAUAUCCUAACAUCAAUAUGCAUAUUCUCCAUACUGUACUAUAUACAUUUCCAAAGAUCCUGACAAGGAGAAUUUAUGUUCGAAUCAAGAGCUUCCUAAUUUUUAUGAUCUUAGUGUGUGAUUAAGGGAUAAUAUUUCAAGGAAAAUAUAGAUGCUAGUCAGUCUUUAUGGUCAAAUAUUUCCAACUAAGUCUAGAUUAUUAAAUUCCUCCAAAUUUUCUUGGCUGGUAUCCAGAAAUAUCCAUCUAAUAGAAAAUUUUAGGCUGGCAUACCUGCUCAAUUGUUAUGAGUGAUACUUGAUCAUUUCUGAUAUUUGUUUGUUUGUUUAUUUUGUGCCUGUUUGUGCUUGGUUGGUUUCGGUUUCAAGGUGCAAACUACAGUUUUCAUAAAGAAAAGGCACGGCCAGCAGAACCUGUUGCCCCUGUGGUAGGUGAUAAACAAUAAAAUUGCAUUUUUACAAGUGACAUGUAGGUAUCCACUGUUGACCAAGAAGUCUUUAAUUAUUGUUCUGUAUUCAAGAAUUAAAUUGUUACAUAGAAACUGCAGAUGGAUACCAGGAUUCAAGAAUUCAAUUGUUAACUGGAAACUGCAGAUGAAGAUCCUCGAAAAAUUCUACAAGCAUCAUAAACAUGAAACUCAAAUCUCAAAACUUGAUUCUCAAUUCUUAAAAUUCAAAACUUGGUCCUCAGUCCCAAACAUGGAUACUCAGACUCAAUUCUCAAAAAUAAAAACUAAUGAAUGAUUCCUCUAAGCUUGAUUCUUGAUUUUUGAGUUUGGAGUUAAGACUGUUCACCUACAGUUGAGUGGUGUAGUGGAAGAGUUUUUUUAAAGGUUCAUUUUCCUUUUUCUCUUUUCUUUACUCCUUUUUAUUUCAUGUGUCUCACUUUAAGCCUUUUCUUCAACUAAGGAGAUUAACAUAAGCACAACUCAGAAACUUUUACCCACAGUAUUUUUUAAUUUGUAAUUAUUUUUGCCCUAAACACCCUAUUAAUUGGUUUUAACACAUGAUAUGCAAGGAUAUUUUUUUUGAGUUGUAAAGUAUUUUUCCAAGCCCCGUAGGAGCAAGGAAAAAUAUAUAUUGUGAGCAAAAUGUCUACUGAUAACAUAUAAUAAACCAUUGAAUAAGGGAUUUAUUAUUCCACUAUUGUUUCAUUUUCUAGUCUUUUGGCUUCAAUUGUAGUUUUCAAAACUUGAUAUGGUCUUAUCUGAGCUUCUUACAGAUUGCAUAAGCCAUGCGUGAAAGAAGGAAACACCACAUAGAAACCAAGUGUCCAAGUGUUCUUGAUGACCAACAAUUAAGUCUUGAGGGUUUCAAAGUUUGUCGUUGAAAAAAUAAUGUGUAAAAACCAAAAACAAAAUCAAAGAGCCUGUGGAUCAUUUCUAUUCUUAUUUUUGCAUGGUUCCACAGUGUAUUUCUGUGGUAUAUACUUGGUAAAAUGAUAAUUAUAAUUUAAUUGUGGAAUAAUAAUUCUUAUAAUUUUGCUACUAGGGAUCUGUUUAUCAAAGGGUACAAGUUCAACAAGAGAUUAAUGUUCAGAAGAGGGAUCAAUUUUGGACAAAAUCAGAGGUACAUGUAAUUAUAUUGAUUUGCAGUGUACAGCACUGUCAGUAGAUUUUAAGUAAUAACUUUUACAUGGUAGUUAGAUUACAAUUGAUGAUACAAAAUUUUAAUUUUUUUUUUUCUUUUUAAACUUGUAAAAAAUGUUGACACUACCUUGUUGUAAUGGUUUAUUCCAACAGGAAGAUGAGAAGAAAAGAAAGGACGAGGAGAGAAAGCAAACCAUAGCACAGAAGAAUGAAGCAGAAAGGAAAAGGAAAGAACGAGAGGUAAAGAUGUCGCACAAUAAUUGGAGGGCUCAGAGCAAGAACGAUCCCUUGAUUUUUCGGCCAUUUUUGAAAGUGUUCAGAAGUAGUUGAAUUUUGGCAUGCGGACACUUUCAAAAAUGGCCAAAAAAUCAAGGGAUCGUUCUUGCUCUGAGCCCUCCAAUUUUACCCUUGCACUCCCAGAUCUCAUUUAGUAAUUCUCUUUACUGCCUGCCUGAAAAAUCUUAUGAUGUUACUUUGGGGAAUUUGUUAUCAGAUCAACUAUUAAUCUCUUAAUUGAGAUUUGUCUUGUAUUCUCAUCACUUGUCUGCUUGAUGUUGUAGGUAUAUUGUAAGGAGAAGUUCCAUUUCAAUCAUUCCUGGGAAUGCAUUACUUUGGGAAGUCCAGUUAACCGUUAAACUCCCUGAAGUGAUUGAUGUGUAACUUUUCCUUGCAAUUCCAAUAAGUCACCUUAUGAGAACACACAAGCUUAUCAGCUAAGGGUGUUAUUUUGGAAUAAGACCAAAUUCUCCUGGCUAACUUAGAAGGAAAAGUAUGACAGUAAGUAGGGAGAAUUACCAAUUGGAUCUUGGGAGUUAAAGGGUUAAAAGCAAAGUAGAGACAGUAGACAUGAUUACCUAAAGGUGACUGUUUACUGCAUUAUUUAUAUUAUAUUAUAAUCACACUCCCACACAAUGGGUACAGUACGUUUAAAUACAUAUACAAGCCCUGGAGGGUUCUAUCUGCUUUCUGCUACUUAUCACCAAAAAGUAAUUGUACAUAGGUUGAAUUGUUUCUCACUUACAUAAGAUUUGGACAUGCUGUGAUUUUUCCAUGUUUACGCAUUAUCAGAGUAAUGAAUUGUACAGUUUUCAAAACAGCAUUCUCAGUUUUGUGCAUACUCAGCUUCUAAACCUUGAUGUUUUAUAUUUUUACAUAAGUUUACUUUGGACUGUUUUAGGCCAAAGAGGCAGAGGAAAGAGACAAGCAUUAUAGAGAGAGAUCAAGAAGUAUUGAGGAACAAAAGUGAGUCUUUAACUGGUUUAUUAACUGCGUUCAUAAAUAAAUGUAAAUUGGUGGCUGUAAUGAUAAAAGGUCUAGCACCUAAAACGUCAGUUUUCAAAGCUCCUUAUAGUAGCCAAUUACAUUAUCAACUCAGGUGAUAAAACUGAGUUAUCUUGCGUUAUCCCUGUACCAAUGCAGCACUACAGUUUCUUUAGAAACAUACUGCCUUUAUUUAGUAUUAAACUACUGUAGUAGUUUAACAGAACAUUGUUUCUGCAGUGGAGAGAGGGUUUGCUUUUCACCACUGUGGCUGGGAUUUGCAAUCUUGUUGUUCUACAUCAAGAUCUAAGUUAAUGGUCCAUUUUGGUUGUUUUUGUUGUAAAAAGAUGAUGACAAUGGUAAAUGGUUUGUUAGCCCAGUUCACUCCCAUGAUCUGAAAGGUAAUUCUCCUAACCCACAACCAUAUAAACCUUUUGUUGUCUAUUUUCGAGAAUCUGGUGUUCUAAUGUGACACUAUGACCUGUAGUUGAUAAGUUUCUUAAUUCUCAUGAACUAUUUACUUCACAUUUUGAUAAUACUGUAAGGAGACAACAUAUAUUUGGUCACUCCUGGGUUUGUAAAGCUUAACAGUGUUAAGUAAACGAGCUAAAGCUUUAGAAUUCCCAUUAUGAUGCCAAGGCAAAUGUGAAUAAAGUUUGUUUUCAGCUUACAUUUCCCAUCAAUGAAUUCUAUGACUUGAUUUUAUUUAACAAGACAUUUGAUGAUAUUAAUGAACACAGGAGAAAGCAACGGGAAGAUGAUGAACGGAAAAAAGAGGAAGAAAGGAGGAGAUGGGUGAGCAUGCAGAGAUCUGAUUGUUAAUUCUCCUCUCUAGCUGCUACACAUUUCCUUGUGAAUCAGUUAUGAGAAUUUAGUGUUAGAUCAAGAUAACUUCUACCUGAUAAGUUGGAGUUUUCUCAAUAUCUGUUUGCUGGAUAAUGUAUGUAUAUUAUAGGGAGAAAUUCCAUGUUAAUCACUUCUGGGAGUUAAAGGGUUAUUUUAUUUUACCAGCUGGACUUGACUUUAUUUUAUUUUACAGGUUUCUUGAAGUUAGCAAUUUAAGUGUAAUUAGGACUCAUUUUGAAAGCCACAGUUCAGGGUGUUUAGGAAAGGGUGCAGGGGUGAUUAUUUUAAAUUGUUUUAAAUUUUUCUUUGUGAUUGCAGCAAGCUUUUGAUCAUAAUUUUUGAGACGUAGGAUGAUAUCUAAAUUUUAGUUGGAAAGGAUCAUGAUUGCAGGAAGUUAUUGAUUAUAAGUUAUGAGGAUGUAAUGUAAACCUUAGUUGAAAAGGAUUACUAAAGAUGACAUAAAUAAUGUCAGAGCAUGCAGUUAUUGAUAAAACUGAGUAUUAACUUGUAUAAUAAUUACUCUAGGAGCAACAACAAGUUGCAGAUGAGAGGGAAAUGCAGCAGGAGAGAGAGAGAGCAAAUUCAUUACGGCAAGCAAGGAUGAAGGUACAGCACCAACAUGCUUUAAAGAACUGUCAUAGGACGUGAUUAAUUAUUAUAGACAAUUAAUUAAUAUGCAAUUUGCACCUCCAGAUAUACAAUUUUUCGGUCCUUUUCUUCAGUGUGUUCUUGUGACAAGUGAAUAAAAUCUAAUACCUAAAUUGAUGACAGAGCUCUGAAUUUUACUAUCUUUCUUUGUCUUCCAAAUACACACACAAUGAUUUUCACUCUCAUUUCGACAUUUCUUAACCCUUUACACCCUAACAUCAGCACUAACAUUCUCCAUACUGUUCUCUGUACAUUUACAAGGGUGCUGACAAGGAGAAUUUGUCUAACGAUCAAGAGUUUCUUUAGUUGGUGAUCAUUUCCUUUAUCCUCACAACAUUAAUGUGUGAUUCAGUUGUGAUAUUGUGAGGAGAAAGGGGUUUAAAACCCAGCUGAGCCAAGCACUCUUAGUAGCUCAGUAGAGGAGAAUCCAACCAUGAUAUUUAAUUGUCUGAGGUUUAAACUCUUGUGGGGAACUCAGAUUUGUUUGUUUUCCUGCACUUGUGACCAUUGAAUUAGAUCUCUCAUAAAUCCUAAUUGUUUACAGGAAGCAGAGCAACUGAUUCGCCAAGGUCAGGAUGAAAAACCAAAGUUCCAAGAAAGGACUGCACCUGCACCUCCUCCAGCCAAAUCCAGACCACCAGCAAGAAGGCCACCUCCUCAAGUACAGCCACAUCAUCCUGAGCCUGAACCAGAAGCAGAGCCUGAGCCUGAGCCUGAACCUGAACCCGUAUUAUAUGGUAAUACAGAGGUAUGUUACAUGAUUUGAAGUAAUCAAAAGCAUCUAUUUUGCCGCAAAUGUGACAGGGGUCACUUCCAUUAUUCAAACCUGAUCUAUCUAAUUAUGGGAAAAAAAUAAUAUGUACUUUUAAAUUGUUUAUUGCUUAACUUUAUUAAUGCUAUUGAACCAUGGAUACAAAAAUAUUUAGCUGUGAAUUGCUUAAGCUUGAAGCUCUACUUAGGCAGGAAAACCAGUUCAAAGUUAACACAGAAAAAUCUGCUUCUCUUGGGAAGACAGAAGAUGGUGUGCUCAUGAACUCUGCUCUCUUACCCUAAGCUAGAAAUUGUUACAUUGUGGGAAAGAGACUUUUGAAAAAUAGCAGUUUUGAAAUUAACUUUUGUCUUAAAAAUCAUUUUAAUUUGCUUUAUCUCAGCCUGAGCCAGAACCGGAACCAGAACCUGUUCCAGAACCUGAGCCAGAACCUGAACCCGAACCGGAACCAGAACCGGAACAAGAACCUACAGACCUUUAUGAUAAUUUUGAUGACGCUUAUGACACCGUCGAACAACAACUGAAGGAUGAUACACCAGUGCAAAGUGAGGAUCUCUAUGAUAAUAUGGGCAUGGAUACAGCACCCACAACUCAGGUAUGCUUGUAUGCCCCUGAAGUCAUGCCAGUCUUCCACAGGCCUUUGAUAUUGCUGAGUGGAUAGAGACAAUGGUGGUGUUUAGCAGAGUGGUUUCAUUUGCAAUAGGGUUCAAAUGAGGAGUUUACAGUAGGUAAAGCAGUUAGUUUUAAAGGCCUGGAGGGAUCUCUUGUUCCCAAGGAGCUCUGAACUCCUCCAGGAAGUUUUGCCAGGCAUGACUCUUGCAGUAGAGUUCUUUGGCAGUUUGGGGUCCAUUCCAUUUUUUGUUGCUUUGUUGUUCCUAGUCUUAGAAGUCAACUGAUUUGAACAAAUUUGUAGAGAAGAACAUUUAUAUUGAGAGUCCAAUGAACUAAAGUUACAAGCAGGUAGCCAGCUCAUUGCAAGUGAAUAGAUCUGCCUGCUACCAAGCUGCUACUGAAACCCCUGUAAGAAUUUUGCAAACACAACAGCAAUCCAGGUCAGGUGUUAAACAUGAAUCCAUCCACUAGGAGUCUUGCACACCUAAAACUAGGCUAUUGUGUUUUUUUUUUAUGUGCACAUAUUGGCCUAACAAAGUGGUAGCUGGUUGACUUGAGCCCUCCAGAUAAUAACACUAGCAUUUUAAAAGGUGUUUCAUUCUGUCAAUGAAAAUACAGUAAGUAAUGUUUUACUUCUUACCUUCAUUUGAAGUCUCAAGCCCCAAGUGGUGGCCAGGGAAAAACAGCAAGAGCUUUGUAUGAUUAUCAAGCAGGUAAGUUUGUAGAAUCAGCUGAAAGAAACCAUUGGUACAGAUAUACAAUCAGUGUAUUUGUUCUUCAGCUCUAUUUAGAGUGUGUUUUUCAAUUAAAUUUUUGUCUCAAUCUGUAUUAUUUUGUUGGCACUGUAAAUUGAGAUACCCAGGUAACUGAAGCUCUUAAAUCCUUUGAUCUUAUCUCGUAAUCUGCAUAGUAAAUAGCUCUGUGUAAAUAUGCAUGGUAAUAUAUCCACUGUAUUCACUUUUUUUAUAAUUUUUUUUUUUUUUCAGAAAAUGAUGAGGAAAUUACCUUUGACCCUGGCGAUAUAAUCACUGAAAUAGAUACCUUUGAUGAGGGCUGGUGGAAGGGGCGGAGCCCUGACGGCAGGUUUGGCAUGUUCCCUGCUAACUAUGUGGAGCUUAUUGAAGACUCAAGUGAAGUAUCUCAACAACCAGAACCACCCGCCGCUGAGGUACAAGUAUUAUGGGCUUGUUUCACUUGCACAUCAUUUCUUUUUUUUUGGUAGCAAGGGUUCAUUAUCAACAGCUAGAUAGAUAUUCUGAUUACUUCAAAGCAGUAGACACAGAAUUACACAGGGAUCAUAUAAUUUCUCUUACCAUAUUUAACCCUUUCCAGCCUAACAUCGGUAUGCAUAUUCUCCACACUUCUCUCAACAUAUUGGUAUUAACAUGGAGAAUUUGUCAAACAAUCAAAAGCUACUUCACUUCACAAUCAUUUCCUUCAUUCUUGCAACUUUAUAUAGUUUAUUUAAAGGUGAUACUGUGAGGAGAAAUUUGAUGGCAGUUACCAUCAGGGGUUAAAAGGGUUAAGAACCCUUUCAGUUUACAUGUAAUAGUUAAUUGGAAGUGUGAAAAUUAGGUUACACUGUAACUGUGAGGGCUACUUCUUGUUGUAAGGAUUAUUUGGAUCAAUAUCAGUAUCUGGGCAACUGCCCACCUACCCCUCCCCUAACCUAACAUUAACUGUUGGGUUAGGGGAGGGGUAGGUUGUUGAGUUAGGGGAGGGGUGGGUGGGCAGUUGCCCAGAUACUGAUAUUGAUCCAAUUAUUUUAUUAAAAGACAUGACCUGUAACUUCAUCAUUCAAUUUUUGUAAGAGGUAGGGGUGUGUCCUUUAACCCGUUAACCCCUCAGAGUGACUAACAACAAAAUUCUCAUCACAAUAUCACUCCUGAAUCACACAUUGAGGUCACAAGAAUAAGGGAAAUGAUCACCGAGAGACUCUUGAUUGGUAUACAUAUUCUCCUUGUCAGCACCAUAGGAAAUAGAGAGAGAGCAGUAUGGAGAAUACGCAUACUGAUUUUACUGUGUAUGUAAAGGCCGGCUCGUACCAAUUUGUUAAGGAUGAUGAUGAUGAUGAUGAUGCCCAUGCUUAAUCCAGCUUCUCUAUAAACCAAGGUGUUAUCCAUGUGUAUUGCCUUAAUAUCAACUUGCUAUCAAUAUUUAUGUAGUAUUUAUUUAUUAAUGUGUAUGAUGCUUACACCACACUUAGACCUCAUUGCCUUGGAGAGACAUAUAACUAAGUAUCUUGUGCUUGUAGGAGGACAGAGGUCUGCAGGCAAGAGCUGUUUAUGACUACCAAGCAAGUAAGUGAAAGUACUUCAUUUGGUCAUUUCUAAUGGUGUGCUUCCUCAAAUAAUGCAUUUUCAGAUUUGAUUGUUUUGAGGAGUCUGGUUUUUGUCUUAAUUGCCUCACAAAAAAUGGAGGAGUUAGCAAUGUCUUGGAAACUCUGGAAAAAACCAUAAUUUUCAAGAGUUCUUUUUCCAUGCCUUGAAAGUCCUUGAAAUUCUACUUGGAUCAAUAUGAUCAUUGAAACUAGGUCAGUACUAGAUCAGUGAAAUAUUUGUAUUGACUAGAAUCAUGUAUUCGAGCAACUAAAUUCUGCUAUUUCAAAAUGGAUGUAAUAAAGCACUAAUUGAACUUCAUAUCAUGCAAUUUGGUCUAAAACCAUACUUGUGAUUUUUAAAACAAACUCACACUGUACACUGUUUUGAUUUUGAAAACAUAUGAUUUUAGACCUAAUAUCAUACAUGAAAAAAUUAUGCAAUUCUGAUGGUUGGAAAUGAGUGCAUUUUUCAUGCAUUAACAAGAGUACAAAUUACAAAUUCAUUGCACUAUCAAAAUUUCAUCUGGCCUUUUUGCGAUGUUUUUUUUACAUGUAAAUUAUUAAUAAGUGAUAAUAUGAUUUUCCGUGCAAUUUGGGGUAAAUAUAUCAAAGACCACAAACUGCACAAGAAAAAUUCACUUGUGCUUAUUAACACCACAUUGCACAUGAAGUCAUGUUAUUACCUACACAAAUUGCAUUCCACUCACUUGAAUGACCAUUUAUUUGUUUAUUAAAGCUAUUACAUGUACCUGUUGAACAAUUACAGAAGUUAAACAAUGUAUGGUCCUAAGGGAAACAGUUAGUUUUGUUUCCUGGAGGGUCCUGAUCAGGACUCCAGGGAAAUCAAAACUAACUAGUUUCCAAGGGACCAUACAUUAAGUGCUUUGUUGUAUAUUUAGACUUUCCCUUGAACAAUCACAUGGCCAAAACAUACUGUUGUAUUUGGCACAUGGGCAACAAGUGCAUAACUGUAUCCCGGUCGGGCAUUUUAAUUCGAUCAAGGGCACAUGACCAAGAAUCAACCAAUCACAGUGCCUGUUUUUUGUUGAGUCAAAAAAAGUCCAGGUUUGUAACAAGAGCUACUGUAUCCCCUCCGGGCUAGUUUCUCAUUGUGUCUUUCUUUUUCAUUACACUAGGUGAUGAAACAGAGAUUUCAUUUGAUCCUGAUGAUAUUAUCACAAAUAUUGAACAAAUUGAUGACGGAUGGUGGAGAGGUGUUGCUCCUGAUGGCUCUGUUGGAUUAUUUCCAGCAAAUUAUGUGGAAAUUAUCUCUUGAAAGAAAUGAAUCCUUCCUGAUCCUUUUCUACAAGAUUUUGGUUUAAUGAAAUAAUUGAUUGCUAGCCUUUUGAAAGAUUGGAAGACCAUACUGCAUGAUGUUAACUCUUAACUCCCAGAAGUGAUUAAUGUGUAAUUUCUCCCUGUAAUCCACAUUAUCCUGCAAACUGGUAAUGAGAAUAUUCAAAGUUAUCAAGUUGUUCUUUUGAUCUAACAUCAAAUUCUCAUAACCAAUUUACAAGGAAAUGUGUCGAGCUAGAGGGUAGAACUAAUAUGCAGAUCUUGGGAGUUUCAAGGUCUCUAUUUCUCUGUCCACUUUUUGAUGGAACUGUGAGCACUAAAUCAGCCAUUAACAUAAUUAUUUUUUAUAAGAAUGACGGCAAAAAUUAAGAAUGCAUCAUUAUUGGUACAAUUUUGUAUGUUUUUGUACUAUCUUUUUGGUAUCUCUGUUUCUUACACCAUAGAAUUGAAAUGGGUGAGGUAUGCAAUAAUGGUGCACCUCUACGCAAAAAGGAAAAAAUUGAAAGAAAAAGAAAGAAUUGCAUUACUAUCAUGAUGCAUAGAAAUCUUUUUAACUAUUUGUUUGCAUCAAGAGUUGAGGUAAAUUAUUACUGCUUUUCAUGGUAGUGAUUAUUAGCUGGAGAAAGGUGCAUGUAACAACCUGUAUAGUUCUCUAGAAAUAAGAAUCACCCAUAUUGUUAUCAGGAACAGUGAUGUUCUGUCAUUGGUAGAAGACCAUGGCCAUUUUCAUACAACAAUGGGCUUCCUAUCACUUAUAAUGGAUGGAGCACCCACAUCGCACUAUACACCAAAUGCUACUGAUUAAUUAAAACUCAAGAGUAAGAUGUUAGUAGCAGUGGGAUUGUGGAUUUUUACUCUUCCUAAAUGAACAGAAACACAUAAUGUUGUUUCAUAAAAUGUUGUUUCAUAAAAUGUUGUUUCAUAAAAUGUUGUUUCAUAAAAUGGCCAGAGAUUGGAGUAUAGAAGUAAUCUUGCCACAUCACAUGUCAUAUAUUGGUUUUUGAUUUUAGUUAAGAAAAAUACAGCUUACUUAAGUCAUGUUCAAUAUUAGCACUUAUGAAAAUGUUCAUUUUUGAGUCUAUUGCCUUAAUCUUGUCAACUCUUGUACUGCUGCAUAUAAAUUAUUAAAUAAAUUAAUACUAGGGAGCAAGUGAAUUUGUAGCUAACUAAGUGAAGUAAGAAUGAUAAGAAUCACACAGUGCAAGGUAAUAAUGAAUUAAAUUUUAAGCUUUAUUUUUCUGUUGACAGUCAAGAUGGCACAGUUUGGAGAUUUGUAUUUUAACAGUUAAAUGAAAUUUAUUUCAUGAGAGAUUGCAGUUACAACUUAUGUGUGAAAAAGUAAAGUCAUAUUUUAGUACAGAAUUAGAAAUUUGCUUUAAGUGUAAAGACUACUUCUUUCUCCCUUUCCAACAAAUUUCUUGAUAGUUGCUAGGUAUACAAGUUCACAUCAGCCAUUGAUCCAAUCUCUGAUAAUUCUAAACUUACCCAGAUAAAGGAGCAAAAAAGAGGUGAUAGGAGGGGACCUCUCAUUAAAAACUAUAAAUUAUUACUCUUGCUCUGUAACUUGUAAAUUUCCCAAACCUCAAUUGAUUGGUGAUCAGGGUAUUCAUUUAAUAAUAGUGGCCUUAGUCCUCAAUGGUGAAAUUCAUCAGAACACAGUUUACAUUGUACAAGUUGCAUCACCAUCUUAUUGAUACAUAAAACUUGCAAACCACCCUUAGUACAAUUACUCUUUUCAGCACUCACUGUUGUGCGCAGUUCCACAAAUGCAACUCCAACAGUGCCCAG